CUCCCUUGCACCCCGCGCUCACUCCAGCGGGUUGGGAGAAAGAGAUGCAGCUGUUGAAGGCUGGGGCUAGGUCUUCGCCCCGCCCCCGCUCUGGCCUGGCCAGGGCGCAGGGAGGAGCCGCGCGCAUGUGCACAGCUGGCGCCCCCUCCCGCCCCCGCGCACAGCUGGGCCGCGGGCUGGGCAAGGCGCGCAGUUAGAGCAGGCAGAGGAGGCGCCGGGCCCUGGCGGUCUGUCCGUCCCGCGCGCCCGUCGUCCGCGCCGUGGCCAUGGCCGCGCGCCCCGCGGGCCCCGCUCGCCGCUGCCUGCUGUCGCUCGUGCUGUGCUGCGCCUGGGGUGCGCUGACUGCCGUCGCCCAGAAGCCGGGCGCGGGGUGCCCGAGCCGCUGCCUGUGCUUCCGCACCACUGUGCGCUGCAUGCAUCUGCUGCUGGAGAACGUGCCCGCCGUGGCGCCGCAGACCUCCAUUCUGGACCUUCGCUUUAACAGAAUUAGAGAGAUCCAGCCCGGGGCGUUCAGGCGACUGAGAAACUUGAACACACUGCUUCUCAACAACAAUCAGAUCAAGAGGAUACCCAGCGGUGCAUUCGAGGACUUGGAGAAUUUGAAAUAUCUCUAUUUGUACAAGAAUGAGAUCCAGUCAAUUGACAGGCAAGCGUUUAAGGGACUUGCCUCUCUAGAGCAACUGUAUCUGCACUUUAAUCAGAUAGAAACUCUGGACCCAGAUUCAUUUCAGCACUUACCGAAGCUCGAAAGACUAUUUUUACAUAACAACCGGAUUACACAUUUAGUCCCGGGAACAUUUAAUCACUUGGAAUCUAUGAAGAGACUGCGACUGGACUCGAAUACGCUUCACUGUGACUGUGAGAUCCUGUGGCUGGCGGAUCUGCUGAAGACAUAUGCCCAGUCAGGAAAUGCGCAGGCGGCGGCCACCUGUGAGUCCCCCAGACGCAUCCAAGGCCGCUCGGUGGCCACCAUCACCCCCGAGGAGCUGAACUGUGAAAGGCCCCGGAUCACAUCAGAGCCACAGGACGCAGAUGUCACCUCAGGGAACACGGUGUAUUUCACUUGCAGGGCUGAGGGCAACCCCAAGCCUGAGAUCAUCUGGCUCCGAAACAAUAACGAGCUGAGCAUGAAGGCAGAUUCUCGCUUAAACCUGCUGGAUGACGGCACACUCAUGAUCCAGAACACGCAGGAGACUGACCAGGGCAUUUACCAGUGCAUGGCCAAGAACGUGGCCGGGGAGGUGAAGACACAGGAGGUGACCCUAAGGUACUUUGGAUCUCCAGCGAGGCUGGCAUUCGUGAUCCAGCCACAGAACACAGAGGUGCUGGUGGGCGAGAGCGUCACCCUGGAAUGCAGCACCACGGGCCACCCCGCGCCACAGAUCACUUGGACGCGAGGGGACCGGACCCCCUUGCCACCUGACCCCCGGGUGAACAUCACUCCCUCGGGUGGCCUCUACAUACAGAAUGUCGCCCAGGAGGACAGUGGAGAGUACACAUGCUUAGCAUCCAACGGUGUGGACAGCAUCCACGCCACGGCCUUCAUCAUCGUCCAGGCUCUCCCGCAGUUCACGGUAACGCCUCAGGACAGAGUGGUCAUCGAGGGGCAGACAGUGGAUUUCCAAUGUGAGGCCAAGGGCUACCCCCAGCCGGUUAUCGCCUGGACCAAGGGAGGGAGCCAGCUCUCCGUGGACCGGCGGCACCUGGUUUUGUCCUCUGGCACACUCAGGAUCUCUGGGGUGGCCCUGCAUGACCAGGGCCAGUACGAGUGCCAGGCCGUUAACAUCAUUGGCUCCCAGAAGGUCGUGGCCCACCUGACCGUGCAGCCCCGAGUCACCCCGGUAUUUGCCAGCAUCCCCAGUGACCUGAUGGUGGAGGUGGGGACCAACGUACAGCUGCCCUGCAGCUCACAGGGUGAGCCAGAGCCAGCCAUCACAUGGAACAAGGACGGGGUUCAGGUCACGGAAAGUGGAAAAUUUCACAUCAGCCCUGAAGGGUUCUUGACCAUCAAUGACGUGGGGCCUGCAGAUGCAGGUCGCUAUGAGUGUGUGGCCAGGAACACGAUCGGCCACGCCUCGGUCAGCAUGGUGCUCAGCGUGAGCGUUCCCGAUGUCAGUCGAAACGGGGACCCGUUUGUGGCCACCUCCAUCGUUGAAGCAAUCGAGACAGUGGACAGAGCCAUAAACUCGACUCGGACACACUUGUUUGACAGCCGGCCUCGCUCUCCCAAUGACCUGCUGGCCCUCUUCCGGUACCCGAGGGACCCAUACACCGUGGGACAAGCCCGAGCCGGGGAGAUCUUCGAGCGCACGCUGCAGCUCAUCCAGGACCACGUGCAGCACGGGCUGAUGGUCGAUUUGAACGGCACGAGUUACCACUACAACGACCUGGUGUCCCCUCAGUACCUGAGCCUCAUCGCCAACCUCUCAGGCUGCACCGCACACCGGCGUGUGAACAACUGCUCAGACAUGUGCUUCCACCAGAAGUAUAGGACCCACGACGGCACCUGCAACAACCUGCAGCACCCGAUGUGGGGCGCCUCACUGACUGCCUUCGAGCGCCUGCUGAAGGCCGUGUACGAGAAUGGCUUCAACACGCCCCGCGGCAUCAACCCCCGACGGCUGUACCACGGCCACGCGCUGCCCAUGCCACGUCUCGUGUCCACCACGCUUAUCGGGACAGAGGCCAUCACACCUGAUACAGAGUUCACUCACAUGCUCAUGCAGUGGGGGCAGUUCCUGGACCACGACCUGGACUCCACCGUGGUGGCCCUGAGCCAGGACCGCUUCUCCGACGGGCAGCCCUGCAGCUCGGUGUGCGGCAGUGACCCACCCUGCUUCUCUGUCAUGAUCCCUCCCAAUGACCCCCGUGCCCGCAGCGGCGCCCGCUGCAUGUUCUUCGUGCGCUCCAGCCCAGUGUGCGGCAGCGGCAUGACAUCCCUGCUCAUGAACUCCGUGUACCCACGGGAGCAGAUCAACCAGCUCACCUCCUACAUUGACGCGUCCAACGUGUAUGGCAGCACGGACCACGAGGCCCACGCCAUCCGGGACCUGGCCAGCCACCGGGGCCUGCUGCGCCAGGGCAUUGUGCAGAGGUCCGGGAAGCCACUGCUGCCCUUCGCAACAGGGCCACCCACCGAGUGCAUGAGGGACGAGAACGAGAGCCCAAUCCCAUGCUUCUUGGCUGGGGACCACCGCGCCAACGAACAGCUGGGCCUGACCAGCAUGCAUACGCUGUGGUUCCGGGAACACAACCGCAUUGCAGCCGAACUGCUGGCCCUGAACCCACACUGGGACGGGGACACCAUCUACUACGAGACCCGCAAGAUCGUGGGCGCCGAGGUCCAGCACAUCACCUACCAGCACUGGCUGCCCAAGGUGCUGGGGGAGGUGGGCAUGAAGAUGCUGGGCGAGUACCGCGGCUAUGACCCCAGUGUCAACGCUGGGAUCUUCAACGCCUUCGCCACUGCCGCCUUCCGCUUCGGCCACACACUGAUCAACCCAGUGCUGCACCGGCUGGACGAGAACUUUGAGCCCAUCUCUCAGGGCCCCGUACCCCUGCACAAGGCCUUCUUCUCACCAUUCCGCAUCGUGAACGAGGGUGGCAUUGACCCGCUGCUCCGCGGCCUGUUUGGGGUGGCUGGGAAGAUGCGCGUGCCCUCCCAACUGCUCAAUACAGAGCUCACCGAGCGCCUCUUCUCCAUGGCUCACACAGUGGCCCUUGACCUGGCCGCCAUCAACAUCCAGCGCGGCCGUGACCACGGCAUCCCACCCUACCAUGACUACCGCGUCUACUGCAACCUGUCGGCCACCCACACCUUCGAGGACCUGAAGAAUGAGAUCAAGAACCCCAACAUCCGGGAGAAGCUGAAGAGGCUGUACGGCUCCCCUCUCAACAUUGACCUGUUCCCAGCCCUUAUGGUGGAGGACCUGGUGCCUGGAAGCCGCCUGGGGCCCACGCUCAUGUGUUUGCUCAGCACACAAUUCCGGCGCCUGCGGGAUGGGGACAGGCUGUGGUACGAGAACCCAGGGGUGUUCUCCCCUGCCCAGCUGACGCAGAUCAAGCAGACCUCGCUGGCCCGAGUCCUGUGCGACAACUCAGAUAACAUCACCCGUGUGCAGGCAGACGUGUUCAGAGUCGCCGAGUUCCCACAUGGCUACGGCAGCUGCGAGGACAUCCCCAGGGUGGACCUCCGUGUGUGGCAGGACUGCUGCGAAGACUGCAGGACCCGGGGGCAGUUCAAUGCAUUCUCCUAUCAUUUCCGAGGCCGACGGUCCCUGGAAUUCAGCUACCAGGAGGAUCAACCAGCCAAGAGAUCCAGGCCUCAAAGGGGACUCAGUGUUGGAAAACAUAGCAAACACAUGGGCAAUGCAACAGCAGCAGUCUCUGAGCACUCGGGUGGCCUGGCCACAAACGACUUCAAAGAGUUUGUCCAGGAAAUGCAGAAGACUAUCACAGAGCUCAGAAAACAGAUAAACAAGCUCGAGUCCCGGCUCAGCACCUCAGAGUGUGUGGACACAGACGGAGAGUCUCAUGCCAACAAUGCAAAGUGGAAAACAGACGCCUGCACCACAUGCGAGUGCAAGGAUGGGCAGAUCACCUGCUUCGUGGAAGCUUGCCCACCAUCCUCCUGCCCAGCGCCUGUGAAAGCUGAAGGCACAUGCUGUCCAGUGUGCCCCAGGGAAACCCCAGAGGAGGAGCCCUAGGCACUGGCAGAGCUCCUCGGGGUCAUCUGCGUGUCUUUGGGAGAUGGCGUGGCCGAUAAGGGGAGCGAAGACCAAAGGCUACGCCCAGGACUGAGACCCAUCAGGACCUCUGGCCAGGCCUCAGGGUACAUCACAGGCUGCUCAGGCCCAUGUCCGUGCCAAGGAAGCAGAGCAGACAGGAAGGAGGGCAGCCGUGUCCUCACUACGUGUCAGACUUCUCAGGUUUUUAUUUAAUUCUUUUAACACGAAAAAUUGGUGCUACCGUUAAAUUGCACAGUCCAGUCAUUAGGCUCCUACACUGAUUUGAGCCCGUGACAAUUCCUUCUCAAUGGAGCAGGGUCCCUCUGGUGUCCCUUCCACCUGGGUCUGGGGCCAGGAAGUUAGACAGAUGGCACCCAUCUUAUAAAAGGAGUCCUGGACCAUCUGGGUACCGCCACAGGCUACACUGAAAAAGAAAAUCCACUUUUGGCCAAUGGAACUGGGUCUUUGAAAAGCUUCCCUGGUGCUCCUCCCUGUCUGUCCGCUUCCCCUUCUGGGGUCUCUAACGUCUCUCAGCUCACCACCAUUUAACCACAGGGCAGAUCGUGGUCCAUGCCCCCACCCCCCAUGCUAAUCCUCCUCCUUGCACAUGUGACUGUCACAUUGUUAAGCCACAUCUAGAAACCAGCUUGUUUCCAAUGAUAGCAUGACCCUAUGCUGCCCAUCUGUGACCUGGAUGUGAGCGCCUCAUUCCAUGUCCUGUGCAGCAACCUCCUGGUGACCAUAUGCUGGGCAGGCAGCCUGCAGGUAGACGUCAGUCUGUGCCUGACCACAGCAUGCAAGCUCGGACCCACCCUCCACGUCUUUCUCCCCAGGUGAUGUGCAGGGAGAACAAUGUAGCUUUGUGUUGCAUGAACACUUUGAAAGAAUCAAUCCCUAUACCUCAUGGGUACUUAUAAAUUGCAUUGUGUCUUGAAAAUUUACCCAUUUUUCAGGUGUUGACUGAAACAUCUGAGUAUAGUAGAUCAUUUCCACUAUGCAAAAGUUGUUUGAGAAUUUAGUGAAAGCCAACUAUCAUACCUCAUGGCCUCUCUUUUUAAUCAAUCAAAACCUUCCAUUUUGUCCUGAAAAAAAUCAAUCUGUGUUCUGAGGGACAUUCCCCCUGAACAUGCAAGUUUCAAUCAGCAUUCGUGUAUUUGCCCAUGAGCUCUGUGUGCCAGGCACUAUGAAUACCCCCGAUGUCAACACAGCAACCAACUGCUGAAGACACAGGUGUCAUAGUGAAUCAACGUUGCCCAUCUGAAGUCAGCAGCUUGCAUGUACGGGCCCCUGAGCAUCUGGGGUGAUUUGGGUGUGAUGUAUGUGCUCUGGUGAGCUCCCUUCCCAUAGAAACACCAGAGGCCAAGCGUGCAAUCCACUGAGUGUGAGCAGCCUACCAUAGCUUCAUGGCAGGUGUAUAUCCUGAGUUCUUAUCUGCACAUUGCUAAGUGGUAAAUAAAACCUGGCAGAAGUUUCCUGAGGCAAGCACUUCUUUUGAAAUAGGAAGUCAGACUUAGCAGUCAAAUCUGUAAAGUAGGCAACUGAUGAGCCCGUCCAAAUUCAAUGGCAUGAAAGUGGCUCGGGUGUCAGUAACAGCAGAGUCUGUUCUGGGGGUGCUUUGCUGUCUCGUCUGUGCCUGGGGCUAUUGUGGGCUCUUGGUUUUGGCAGCACCCACUAGGGCAGCAUGUGGCAGGCAGCCAGCUCUCUGGGGUUCUCAUUCUCUAAGCGGAAGAAGGGGCAGCUAACUGCAAUUUACGUCCGAUUCUAUAAUUCACCCCCAAAAUGCCCACACGUCACCAGUUUGAUGAUGCUGCAUCUUCACUACUAAGACAGGGACACUGCCUGGAUGAAUUCUUCUUAGCAGCCACUGUGAGGGGAUCGCUGUAACAGGAAGCAAAAUGUACAUAUUUAUUUACAUUUCUAACCAUUGCUGGCAGCCAAGUGCCUUUUUUAUGUUCAUUGUAUUCAGUACUUUACCAAAGAGACAUUUGCACUAUGUAACGAUGCCUUUCGGUUUAAAUAAAAGGGCCAUGUUGUCAA